CUCGCGCUCGUCGCCGCCGUCGCUCUCCUCGUCUUGCUCGCUGUCCAGCCCAUUCGACUCCUUUGCUCCCACGCUUUGCUGUAUCAAUCUUACCUAGAUUUGUUCACGCACGUCUUUUCUCAUUCGUCUUCACCACCUCGCAUCGAUUCACCGUCAUGACCAACACCACUCCCUCUGCUGAAGCUUCUCACAACACUGUCGUUCCUUCUGAAGUCGGAUGGCAGUUUGUGCCGCAAUACUACACUUUCGUCAAUAAACAACCGAACCGCCUCCAUUGUUUCUACACCAAGUCCUCCACGUUCAUUCAUGGUACGGAAGGGGAAGAUGGGAAACCGGCUUUCGGCCAACAGGAAAUCCAUAACAGAAUUACGUCCAUUGGUUUCGAAGACUGCAAGGUUUUCAUUCACUCGGUGGACGCCCAAUCCUCGGCAAACGGCGGCAUCAUCAUCCAGGUCAUUGGCGAGAUGUCAAAUCGCGGCGAACCUUGGCGCAAGUUCGUCCAAACGUUCUUCCUUGCCGAGCAGCCCAACGGUUACUUCGUCCUCAACGACAUCUUCCGCUUCCUCAAGGAGGAAACCGUUGAGUCCGAUGAGGAUGGUGCUGCUGCCUCCGAGUCCUACUCCGAGCUUCCCUCGGUAGCUCCUGUUGAACCCAGUCCUUCGCCUGCCCCCGAGCCUGUUCCUUCAAAAGAGGACAGCGCCCCUUCUGUCGAGGCUGUUGAAGAGGAGCCCGCUCCCCCGUAUGAGCCUGAACCCGAGGCCGAGCCCAUCGUCGAAAAGGCCGCCCCUACUGAAAUCAACGGUCACGCCGAGCCAGCGGAGAAGGAACCCACACCGGCACCCGAGCUCCCUCCCACCGAGCCUGAACAACCCGCCGUCGCCGCUCCCCCCACCCCCAUCCCCGAAUCCGCCGCUCCCUCUCCCGCCGUUGCCCCAUCUCCCGCCCCACCAACACCAGCUGCCGCUCCUUCGCCCGCACCCGCCCCCGCGUCUCCGGCACCACCACCGCAGGCCGUGGCUCCCCAGCCCGCGGCUCCUCCUGUGCCGAAGACCUGGGCGAACCUCGCGGCUGCGAACUCGAAGAAGUGGGGUGCGGCCGUGGCGCAGGAGUCGAGGGGGACGAGCGAGGUGCCGGCUGCGAGCUCGUCGAAUCCGCCGAGUGGGGCGCAGAGUCCUGCUGGGCCUGGCCCGAAUGCUGGACGGAUAUCGAGGGAUGCGCAUCCGGCAUACCAGGCUGCGCAGAAUAUUCCUACCGCUCAGUGUUUCGUGAAGAGUGUCCAAGAAAACGUCUCCGAUCAAGCCCUCCGCCAAACGCUCACCACCCGUUUCGGUCCCAUCAAGGAGAUCGAGAUCGUCCGUUCCAAAGCGUGCGCCUUCCUCGAGUUCCAGACCAUCGACGCCGCCAGGAAAGCGAUCAUCGCGUCUCUGCCCGUCCAGCAGGGCGGUGAAGGUGGAAUUCGUGUCGAUAUUGGUGAUGGCCAGCAGAUGAGGAUCUCGGUGGAGACGAGGAAGGAGAGGGGUGAGAGGCCGGGGUGGCUUCAGGGGACGGGGUGGACCGAGGGGGAGGGGGAUUGGAACGAAGUAGGCGGUGAACUCGUGGUUGGCGGAGGUGUCAUACGUGGUGAGAGGAGGGCCGUGGUCUAG